AUGGGUUCAGAUGGGGAUGCACCAAAAAUAGAUGGCACAGAUGCAAAGCCUAUCUUCAUUUUAUAUAUACAUGAUAUUCCCUUAUUAAUUUCUCAAUACAAUCAUACGUGUCAAGUGCACACAUGUAAAGCUCAUGGUUUUCUAGCGACAUACAUCACCCCAUCCAAACUUCACUUCUGCGAGGAGUACACCUACUUUAGGAGCGGCUUCUUCCGUCACAAGGGCUGGAGGUUCUGGAGGUACAGGUGUUCCUGUUCCGACAGCAAGCAAUGCGAGGCUCACGUGUACAUACACAAAGACGACAUCAUCAUAACCGAUAGCCAGCACAAUCAUCAUCCUCUAGUUUAUUGGAAGACAAAAAAAGCCAAGUUCAUACAACUAGCCUCCGGAAGUAAGUUGCUAUUAUACAAGAAGUAUACGUUUUCUCGCAGCGGCAAAACAAGAGGAGGUGGCUCCAGAUUCACCUGCUCCAGCUCGAACAGCAAGAAGUGCAAGGCUCACAUCCACGUCAACAAAGACAACGUGAUCACACUCGCCGCGGCAGAACAUACGCACGAACCCUUGAAAUAUAUGGACACCAAGGAAGGCUAUGUGCGAAUAAAUCCCAAGUACCCAUACCAUUAUAACGUCCAGGCGGAAAUCUUUGCUGACGAUUAAUAAAAUAUAUAUAUGUAUAUAAUAUCAAUUUAAAAUAUAUUUUAAAAAAACUCUUCCUCUAUUGCUUAAAACAUUAGCUUCUAUAAGAAAAUAUAAGGAAUUAUUUAUUGUUUAUAGAUUAGUUAUUUAGUGUAUAGAUUUAAUAUAUGUAUAUCAAAAAUAUUAUUGUUUUUUAACAUUGAUGUUAAGAUCUAAUAGACGUGUUAGUGACUAAAGUGAUACGUGUUCCCGCUUAUUAAAUGUAUACGCGAAUACAGAAUAUUUAUAGGGUAGUUGUAGAAUAACAUAAUCGUUAUUAUUUUAACUUAAAUAUAUUAUCUUCUAUUAAAGUAAAUAGAUAUUUAUUUAGUUAAAUUGUAGACCAGAUGAAUACUUUUAAUUUAAAUAAUACUUGGAUAUUUUAAUAUGAGUUAUAAUAUAAUGAUUGUGCACAGACACAUUGCAGUCCUCACAGAUUAAUGUGUACUCGCCUUAAUACACGAUGUACUGUAAAGCAGAUAUAAUAAUUUAUAACAUACAUGAAUGUCGUUAUUGCAUCAAAUAUAUUUCUGCUUCAUC